CGGUAACACGUUUUUGUCAAGCCAGCGAGUAUUGUUUCGAUUAUUGGUUAUACUCUGGGCGUGAUUUAUCUCCACUCGACGUGCUUGCUUCUCAAGAGUGCUGGGUCGCGUGCUUCGCCGUGUGAUACUUGGCGCCGCAUGCUGUCGGUGAUGACGCGCUGCGAGCACAGUUCUUGAGUCUGCUUGGUGAUCGAGCUUAAUUAAGAUGUGAUGGCAUGAUUCGGUUCCCUCCUAUCCUGGAGGCAUGCAGCCGACAUCCGAAGAAGGCGCUCGUGAACAUGCCAAGGGUCCGACCCGUAUCCACCGUGGCCCAAGCCUCCGCGCCCUGGCUUCCAGGGGUCGCCUCGGGCUCGGCCCAGAAAACCGACCGGCGCUCUUGGCACUCGGGCACAGUGGCCCGGCGGAGCGCCGUCAGUCUGCGAUGGCCAAGGGGGGCCCAGAAGUAUGCGGGGAACCGUCCGAGCACCCUGACUUCUGGACGGCCGUGCCGAGAUGCGGAGCUAGGGUGACAGAGCCUCAGAGCCCUCGGCAGCUGGGCCGCGAUGUCGAGGCCGUAGACGCCCUCCGUAGGGCGGUUGGCAGCGCGUGCGAGGGUCUGAGCCAGCAGGUGCUGGCCAUAGCGGAGGAUUACGUGUGCCGCCUCGGGCCGGUCCUGCCAGAGGCCGCCGGACCCCCUCAGUCCUGUGCCGUCACUGCCUUUCUGUCGCAGCCGCCGCCGGCGGAGGCGCCGCAUCACCAUCACACGAACGGGCAUGCGCACGCGCCGCCUCUGCUGAUGGCCAGAGGCAGCGACGUGCACCCGUACUUCACGCUCGCCGAUGCCGGGAGGGCCGAGAAGGGCCAGGAUCCCGUGGCGAGGCUGGAGGACCCGCGGCAGCAGACCAGCGGCGCCCCGAGCCGCGGGAACCGUCGGAACAGCAAGGACCAGUUCAGAAGCAGCGGCUCGAAGGCGUCCGUCGGCAACGCGAGGUCAGGCACCCAGGACGGGAUCGAGCUGAAGCAAUCCAUGAAUUCGAUGACCAGGAAGAGGGGGAAGACUAUCGUCAGCACCGGCACAGAUACCCGCGGCCGCCUGCGCAGGCUGGUGGAGAGCGACGCCUUCGAGCUUGUGUUCGCAUGCAUAAUCUUGCUGUCUGCUGCCGUGAUGGCUGCGGAGGCACAGUAUUUGGGCUGGGAGACGGGCGACCGGGGAAACCUCCCGAUGAGGCAGGGACAGUCGGCCAGCGCCACGUGGCCGCACGCGGUGGAGGUGCUCAGGGUGUGCGAGCUCGUGUUCGGGGUCGCGUUCACGGUCGAGGUGGUUCUCAAGAUCGCCGCAUAUCGGCUGGAGUUUGUCAGCGUGGCCUGGAACUGGCUCGACUCAGCCGUCGUGGUAGGCUGGCUGUUCGAGCAAUCGGGGGUUCUUCUGUCGGAACACCUGCCUAUCCCCCCGCUAGUCUUUCGGUUGACUCGACUCGCCAAGACUGUCCGCUUGUUGCGUCUUGCCAGAUCAGUGCAGUUUGCAGAUUCCCUGAACUUGAUGGUAUUGUCGAUACAGGCCAGUGUGUCCGUUGGCACUUGGUCGAUUGUGUUGCUGUCCAUCAUCAUGCUGUUCGUUGGGUUGGUUCUUAGCCAUACGAUGAGGGUAUACAUUGAAGACUUGAGCAUCGACGAGGAGAGACGGGAGACGAUGUACAAGUAUUUUGGGACUUGUUCGCGGUCUUUCCUAACGAUGCUGGAGCUCACAGAUGGAAAUUGGGUACCAGUGACCAGAAUUUUGCAGGAGUACAUUAGUCCAUGGGCUUCCGCAUUUAUCAUUAUCUACCGCUUUGUCGUCGCUUUCUCGAUAAUCAGGGUCAUCACAGGCGUGUUCCUGCACGAGACGAUGAGAGUCGCCGGAAGCAACGACGAGCUGAUGAUCACUCAGAGUCUCAGAGAGAGGCGGGGCUACCUGUGGAAGAUGCACAAGCUCUUCCGCGAGGCUGACAACUCGAGCGACGGGUCCAUGUCCAAGGACGAGUUCCUGAGGCUGCUCGGCGACGAGAGGGUGAGGGCCUGGUUUUGUGCGAGCGGGCUCGACCUGAGGGACCCAGACCACGUGUGGAGCCUCUUCGACCCACACGACGACUCCGACGAGAUCGACGCCGACAAGUUUAUCGGCGCGGUGACGAGGCUCCGUGGGCCAGCCCAGCGCGUCGACCUCGCCUCCGUCACGCAGGACGUCCACGCUCUUAGGCGGGUGGUCGACAGAAACACGGAUGCGCUGCAGCAGCUGGCGAAGAUCCACCAACAGCUGGCGGAGCACAGUUGCCUAGCGUCCUGCGGCAGCGGGGCUUCCUAUGGCAGGCAGGAGUCAUGAGUCGUCCUGAGGCAUUGCCGUAAAUUACUCGUGGAGCUUCCCCUGCCGUUCUGAGAGGCCAGGGUUGCCUGUGCCUGCUGUGGGGCGCUGCGCAAAGGUAUUUUCGAGGAGGUCACAGCAUGGAUUUCAAGCAUUACGAAUAGCGCUUAGAUUUGUAACACAUGUGCGGAGCGGAACGUACGAGAGUAGAGAGCGCUUCUGCACCGUCUUGGCUUCUGUGCCGUUUUUCCCACAUGUGUUGCCAGCUGGUUCUGGGUAGUCUUACUUUACAGCCCCACGCGCUCUACUGUGUAUGUCUACGAUCAUAUCAGCUGUAUCACUGCGUGCAGCGAGAGGCACGUUGCGCAACCACCAUCGUGAAGGCUCUACUCGAUGUGAGCAUGUAUUUCUGAUACCGGCGAGACCCCAAGUGACUCUGUGCAGUUUGCGGGUUGCAGUCCAUGGAAUCCCAUCCAGCUGGUGCACUAUGCGAUGCAGUCUAUGGGGUGCAAUUCACUUGCCGAACUUGAAGUUGUCAACUCCACUGCUCGCUGGGUCUGCAUGGCCAGGAACCGCUGGGACGUGCCGGUAGUGUUAGAAAGCCACACAUCGCAGGGCAAUUCGCUCCAGGGUAAAUGAGACCCUUUUCAAGCAAGAAUUGCUACGGGGACAUUGAAAGGAAAGGAGCAAGCUACGACCUGUUUUGAUACCGCAGCUUGCAACAAUAGCACAUAGCCUCUGCCCAGGGCUGAAUACGUGUGGUUGGGCUACUCAGUGCUCACAGAUUCCGCUCUCUGUGAGCGGACCGUUUUGAAAUCGUACAGUUCCAUCGGUUGGUUCUACGAGGCUGAGUGUCGGUGUGGCUCGCCACCGACAGCGCGUGGCAACCUGCUAUCGUUGUUUCGACGUGACUUGUCACUGGUGCUGUUUUUGCUCUCUGACCCCGUCGAGGAGAGCUGUGCUGGCAGCGCGGCGCGGCGAAUCGGCGGCGCCCCAAACGGGGGUGGCGCGCGAGGGGCGGCCGUCCUGAGGAGGCGGGAGGGGCCGAGGGUUGGCGGAAGCGCGUGCUGCGGCUUUCAGAGCAUCGCUUCUUUUUCAAGGUGCCAGCCAGAUCUCCACGGCGCGCCAUCUGGUAAUGCUUAUCGGCGGAUGUGACUGCAACUUCAUCGGAAGCGAACAAAACCCUG